UUAACAGGAGGAGGCCCGUAAAAGAAGUUCAAAACUGUGGGCUUCUCAAUGUGAGCCCCAUAGCAGUCUUACUCUAAAGAAGCAGCCAUGAAACUGCUUGUGCUGUUGCUCCUUCUGGCAUCAACUCAUUCCUUCCCUACAGAACCCACCUUUCCUGAACAUCAGACAGAGAGCCGCUUACGCUUUGCUGCUCUGGAUGAAGUUCGGCUUUUGGCAAAUGGCCUUCUACAGCUGGGCCAUAGCCUGAGGGACUUUGUGCAGAAUACCAAGAGUCAAAUCAAAGAUAUUUUCCAAAAGCUCAAUAUCUUUGACAAAUCCUUCUACCAACUUUCUGUGCUGGCCAGUGAGAUCAAGGAGGAGGAGGAGGAACUGAAGAAGACCACCGUGAUCUUAAAGGCAAAUAAUGAGGAAAUAAAGAGUCUGUCACUGGAGAUCAACUCCAAAGUGGAAGAUAUCAUAAAAGAGAGGAAGCAUCUGAGGAGGCAGGUGGGAGGCUUGGAGGAGACGUUAAGCGGUCUGUCCCAGAGUUUGCUCUCAGCUGAGCAGGUGGUUGAAAUCUCCACGCUCAAGAGAGCUGGAUGUCUCAGAUGUCUGUGUUUUGUAGGUGAGUUCUGGCUGGGGCUAAAGAAGAUCUAUGCUGUUGCCCAUCAGGGACACUCGCUCCUGCAUGUCCAGAUUGAGGACUGGAGGAAGGAGAAGCAUUUUAUGCUUUAUCAGUAUAUCCUGGAGGACGCUGCCUUCAACUACACCAUCCAUCUGAAGCUGCAGACCGGUGAAUCCAGCUCUGCUCUGGAUCAACACAGUGGCUUCAGGUUCUCCACUAAAGACCACAACGAUGGAAACCGUGAUCUAAACUGUGCUCAAGACUACACAGGUGGGUGGUGGUUUAGCAUUUGCGGCGACAUUAACCUGAAUGGCAAGUGUAUUCAGAGCAGACCUCGUAAAAAGGGAACCCACUGGAAACCUGGCAAGGGAACCACCAGCUUCAAGGCCUCAAAAAUCUCCAUUAGUCAUCUCACAAAGCCACAAACCCCGUAAUAUCAACAGUAUGAGCAGAAGCACAUAUGAUUGCAUUCAUGCUGAACAAUUGCAUCUUGGUUUCACCGUUUCAUGGACAUGACAAAGUUCCCAUUGAUGAGUAUGAACCUAUCAGUAUGAUGCGGUAAAAAUGGGACAUUUACACUGUGA